AUGUUCACCAGAGAAAAUUCCCUACCAACUUUCCCCCACAUUUCUUUCAAUAAAUUUCCAAAUCCUUGCUUUCUUUUAUCUGUGCUCGUCAUCUUCCUUCUCACCCUCUCCAAUGGAGUUGAAGCAGCGGCCAGCACCAACAAGGUUACUAAUAUUGGUGCUAUCAUUGAUGUUAGUACCCGAAUUGGGAAAGAAGAGAAAACGGCCAUGGAAAUUGCAGUCCAAAACUACAACAAUAUUUCAAGAAACCACGAGCUUUCUCUUCACUUCAGGCAUCCUGGAGGAGAGCCUCUUCAAGCAGUUAAUGCAGCUGAAGAGUUGAUCAAAGAGAAGAAAGUAGAAGUGAUUAUUGGCAUGGACAAAUGGGAGGAAGCAGCCCUGGUUGCUAGUAUGGGAAACCGGUCUCAAGUUCCAAUUCUUUCAUUUGCAGCACCGGCCAUAACGCUGCCGUUAACUUCACUUCGUUGGCCUUUUCUAAUAAGAAUGGCUAGUGAUUGGUCAGAACAGACGAGAUGCGUUGCAGCUCUUGUCCGUUGUUAUCAUUGGAAAAAGGUAGUAGUGAUCUAUGAAGAUGAUGUGUAUGGAGGUGAAUCUGGCAAUUUAGCUCUUUUAUCUGAGGCUCUACAAGAGGUUGGUUCAGAGAUUGAGUACCGCUUGGUUCUUCCACCAUUUUCAUUGUUAACAAAUCCGAAAGAGGUUGUUCAAGAUGAGCUUAUAAAGUUACAGAACGAUAUCGAAUCUCGGGUUUUUAUUGUUCUUCAGUCAUCUUUGCCUAUGCUCACUAAUUUGUUUAGAGAAGCUAAGAAUAUGGGACUUGUAGGCAGAGAUACAGCCUGGAUAGUUGCAAACAGCAUUACUAGUUUCUUGGAUUCUAUGGACAAUUCUGUUAUUUCCUCUAUGGAAGGCACUUUAGGAAUCCAAACCUACUAUUCUUCCAGCAGUUCUUACAAAAGAUUUGAAACAGAGUUCCGGAAAAUUUUUCGAUCACAGUAUCUAGAUGAAGAUAAUUUUCAUCCUGGAAUUCAAGCUUUAAGAGCCUAUGAUAGCAUUGGUACUGUGACAAAGGCCAUAGAAAAAUUAGGUAGCAACUCCAGUAGUCCAAUAACGUUGCUAAACAGCGUAUUAGAAAGUGAUUUCACUGGUUUGAGUGGCAAAAUACAUUUCAAGGAUGGGAUGCUGUCACAAGCUCCUAUAUUAAGGAUUGCAAAUGUGGUUGGAAAGAAAUAUAAGGAACUGGAUUUUUGGUUGCCGAAUUUCGGUUUCUCAGAUACCCUCCAAGUGGAAGAAGGCAAAGGAAGGAGCAAAAACAGUGACGUUGGCAAUAUCACAAGAGGUUUGGCAGGUCCAGUGAUCUGGCCUGGGGACCUUAACUGGCGAGACCCGAAAGGAUGGGCAAUGCCUACCAAUGCAAAGCCAUUGAGAAUAAUAGUCCCCAAAAGAACCUCCUUUGAUAAGUUUGUGACAUUUCGAGCUGGCAAGACUAUUCCUGAAGGUUUUUGCAUCGACCUCUUCAAUAAAGUUGUAGAAGAAUUGAAUUAUCCACUACCACAUGAAUUUUUCGUGCAUGAGGGGUCGUAUGAUGAAAUGGUUGAAGGUGUCCGCAACAAGAACGCGUAG